AUGGCUGCCACUGCUAACCCCAUACAGACUCCUGAGCCUACGGUUCAGCAGCCAGAGAAGUCUGACAAGACUGCACGGCCUGAGAAGCCAAAUGAAGAUGCAUACAAGAUCAAUCUGGCAAAGGCUGAGAAAGAGCUUGCAUCCGCUCAGCAGCAAUUGGAAGCCGUGAAAUCAAAGAUCGACCUUGCAACUCCUCAUAACCAAGAUUCUCCUGUUGCAAAAAAACAACAGGAGCUUCGUUCCCAGCUCGCAGCUAUCCGUCAACAGCAACAAGGAUUCAAAGCUUCCCGUACCAGCUUGCAGGAAAAGAUCAAUGCACUCGAUUCUUCCAUUAAAUCUCGUAUCACCGAACAGAAGGCAGCCCGAGGGCGAGUUGGGUUCAAAAGUGUUGAGGACCUCGACCGGGAAAUUCAGCGCCUCGAAAAGGAAGUUGAUUCUGGGACGAUGAAACUUGUGGACGAAAGGAAAGCUCUCGCGGAGGUCUCGAGUCUACGGAAGCAGCGGAAGGGAUUUUCUGGGUUUGAAGAGAGCCAGAAGCACAUUGAUGACCUGAAAACUCAGCUGACUGGCCUAAAAAAGGGGCUUGAUAACCCUGAGCAAAAGGCUCUCAGCGAGAAAUACACGUCGAUCCAGAAGGAGCUGGAUGAGAUUAAAGCGGAACAAGAUGGCGUAUUUAAGAACAUCAAGUCCCUUCGGGAUGAGAGAAGCCAACUCCAGGGCCAGGUACAGAAGGCCCGUACCUCCCUAAGAGAGAUUAAGGAUACCUACUAUCACGCUCGAAAGGCAUAUCGAGAGUUUGAACAGGAGAUGGAGCGCAACCGCAGGGAACGCCACCGAGCGGAACGUGAAAAGUACGAGCGUGAGCGAAAGAAGAAGAUUGCCGAUAAAAAAUUAGAGGAAGCAUCCCGCCCCGCGUACACUGAUGAAAUUAUUACUGCCCAAGGCCUCAUCCGUCAUUUUGACCCAAGCUACGACUUGUCAUCGCUUGGUCUGGAUGAUGAAAAGAAGAUGCAAUCUGGCGGUUUCCGUGCCGAAAUUGGCAGAACCGUCGAUAGCUCGGACAUCAAGGGAGUCCGUGUCGUCCGCAAGGAGGAUCGUGAUGACGACUAUUUUAUAGGUGGUGGAGGAAAGAAAAACAAAAAGGGUAGAAAGGUGGCGGCUACCAAUGAUGCUAAGUCGCAAUUCAACCUAAGCUUUGGUGUGAUUGAAGAAUUGGCCCGCGUCAAGGUUGAUCCUCCAAUGAACCAAUCCGACGUGCCCUCUGUGAUUGAGAAGCUUGUUGAAAAGCUUCAGGAUUGGAAGAAGAACCAAGCCGCUAAAACCGAAGAAAAUAUCAAAAAAGCUAAAGAGGAACUUGCCAAACUUGAACAAGAUGACGUGACUAACGGAUCCACGGACCACGCCAAGAAGCCCGCCCUUCAGAAUGCUGGUGUCAAUGGCCAUGUUUCUGCUGAAGCUGAGCUCAGACAAGAAAACGAUGCUGUUGCCGAUGCAGCUCAGGAGCUUCAGGAGGCUAAACUUGAAGAAUAA